CCGCGGGAGGUGGCCGUGCUGCUGCAGGCUGAGGACCGGCUGCGCUACGCGCUGGUGCCGCGCUACCGCGGCCUCUUCCACCACAUCAGCAAGCUGGACGGCGGCGUGCGCUUCCUGGUGCAGCUGCGGGCCGACCUGCUCGAGGCGCAGGCCCUGAAGCUGGUGGAGGGGCCCGACGUCAGGGAAAUGAAUGGGGUGCUCAAAGGCAUGCUCUCAGAAUGGUUUUCUUCAGGGUUCCUAAACCUGGAACGGGUUACCUGGCAUUCACCAUGUGAAGUGCUUCAGAAAAUCAGUGAGUCUGAGGCUGUGCAUCCUGUGAAAAAUUGGAUGGAUAUGAAGCAGCGUGUUGGGCCUUACAGAAGGUGCUACUUCUUCUCUCACUGUUCAACCCCUGAAGAGCCCCUGGUAGUUCUGCAUGUGGCGCUGACCAGUGACAUCUCCAGCAACAUCCAGGCAAUAGUGAAGGAAUGCCCUCCAUCGGAAACAGAGGAGAAGCACAGAAUUACUGCUGCCAUCUUCUACUCCAUCAGUUUGACUCAGCAGGGACUACAGGGUGUUGAGCUGGGCACUUUCCUUAUCAAGCAAGUCCUCAAGGAGCUGCAGAAAGAGUUUCAUCACCUUGGGACUUUCUCAAGUCUGUCGCCAAUACCUGGAUUCACCAAAUGGCUUUUGGGGCUUCUGAACUCACAAACAAGGGAGCGCCAUGGGAAUGAGCUGUUUACAGACUCAGAAUGUCAGGAGAUCUCUGAGGUCACUGGUGGUCCCGUUACCGAGACUCUCAAGGUCGCUCUCAGCAGCAGUGAGUGGGUGAAGUCCGAGAAGCUGGUCAGGGCACUGCAGGCCCCGCUGAUGCGGCUCUGCGCCUGGUACCUGUAUGGAGAGAAGCAUCGGGGCUAUGCCCUGAACCCUGUGGCCAACUUCCACCUGCAGAACGGGGCCGUGAUGUGGCGCAUCAACUGGAUGGCCGACAGGAGCCUCAAGGGCAUCACGGGCUCAUGCGGCCUGAUGGUCAACUACCGCUACUACCUGGAGGAGACGGGUGCCAACAGCACCGCCUACCUGGGCUCCAAGAGCAUCAAAGCGUCCGAGCAGGUGCUCAGCCUUGUGGCCCAGUUUCAGAAGAACAGCAAGCUCUGAAAAUAAAGCGCUCCUGAAGCACACACCCCGGCUCGGAAGGGAGGUUUCCCGGGUGGGUCAGGGUUGUGCAUCAGGGGAGCUCUUUGAGGAAGCUGGCGCUGGAGUGCGUCGCAUUGCCCACAGCAGGUCACGCUGAGGUGGGCCUAGCUUUCCUCACGCUGGGAGGAUGCACUGCCUGGUGCAUAUGGGGUGGGGACCCUGCACGCUGUCCAGGAGAGUCUGCUGUUGCCUUCGGCUUGGCCCCUGCCCGGGACCAGUGCUGUGGCACCUCCAUCUUCUGGAAGUUCUGCAGCCUCACAAGGACCAGGGCGAAUGGCCCAGAUGAAAACAGAUUUUCCUUCGAGUUUGUAGAGUGCAAUUCGGUGAUGGUUGCUUUAACCGUUUCUCUUCACACAAUGCAAAAGGAUAAAAGGAUGAUUUCCUUUUAUGCUACAUUUUACCAGGUAAAUGCUGAAGUUUGUAAGUGUAUGAAAAGGUGUGUGACUUUGCUCAAAGUGUAGUAACUUAAAUCAUUGAGCACAGAAGAUGUUGCUGCUUGAGGCAUACGUUGGAUUAUAGACUAAAUUUACAGUGAUUCAAGUUCAUGAUGAACUUACUAGUGAAGAACAAGUUUGUUCUAUAAAGCAUUAAACAUGAUUAUUAAAUGGU